CACUCCACUGCACUGCAAUACACUCCAUUACACUACACUACACUACCCGUCAUCCCAUGCGCGUAUUUUCUCCUUUCUCAUGCAUAUGCAUACGGCAUUUCUGCAGCGAGGCGGCUCGGUCCCAGCCUACUGACGUCUCCGAGGAGGAAGUGGAGAAGCUGGUGGUUUCGAGGCUGAAGAUUCGCCCUGACUCUUCGCCGACGUCCCCGUCUCCAUCUCCAUCGCCUGCACCUACACCAGCGCGCGCGAUGCGGAGGCUGCGCCAGCGUCGCUAAUGGCAACCAGGGCGAGCGAGCGCACCGGCCAGACGAACGGAGCGCGCGGCGGGGGGACGCGUGUAAGACGCCAUUGUCUUUAAACCCGUAUAAAACCGCACAGACGAAACAAGAUUAGAAUAAAACAAACGCGGAUAAUAACAUUUAAAAAAGACCAGGCUUUGGGUUUUUUUUCGGGAGGAUUUGGUGAUGGAUUCGAAAGGACUGGGGCUUUGGCUCGUGUGUGUGUGCGGAGCUGUGUGUAUCAGCGCGCGACAUUUCUCUAAUGGAGGCGUCUUGGGUAGAACCAGGGCCUUGCGUGAUGAUAGCAGGUUCCUAGGGAUAGACAGUACGGUACCGGUCCGGUUGGUGUAUCGCACGGAUAGCGAACAGACCGCGCACGACGUCCUGAGCACGCGGGUGCGCGCGAGCCCCAUCACCGUCCAGAAGAAUCAUUUGGCCCAAGCCAGUUUCCAGGUCAAAGCCUUCAACCAGACUUUCAUCCUAGACCUGGAACUGAAUCAUGACCUGCUUUCAUCAAAGUAUGUGGAAAGGCAUAUUUUAGAGGACGGGAAAUCAUUCAUCACCAAAGGUGGAGAGCACUGUUACUACCAUGGAACAGUACGAGAUAUUCCUGAGUCCUUUGUAGCUCUUUCAACUUGCCAUGGAAUGCAUGGGAUGUUUUUCGAUGGAAAUCACACUUUCCUGAUAGAACCAGAUGAAGAGGGCAAAGAAAAUGAACUUGUGCACCUGAUAUAUAAAUCUCCAGGCUUCCAGCCUCCAGGGGAUUAUAUUGCACCCCUUGAUCUUGCAGAUUCACCAUUUCAGAUCCCUCCACUUUUCACUGGAGCAGCACACAGGAGAAAAAAGAGAGAAGUACUGCAGAGUUCUCACAGUAUCGAGGAUGAAACUAAAUAUGUUGAGCUGAUGGUUAUUAAUGACCACCUGAUGUACAAAAAGCAUCGGCUUUCAGUUGGCCAGACGAACAACUACGCCAAGUCUGUAGUGAACAUGGCUGAUUUUAUUUUCAAAGAGCAACUGAACACCCGGAUUGUUCUGGUUGCCAUGGAAACCUGGGCGGCAGACAACAGGUUCAACAUAAAUGAUGACCCGAUGAUCACGCUACGGGAGUUCAUGAAGUACAGACGUGACUUCAUUAAGGAGAAGAGCGACUCCGUCCAUCUGUUUUCGGGCAACCGUUUUCAUAGCAGCUGGGGUGGAGCCUCGUAUAUGGGAGGGGUGUGUUCACUGAGUAAAGGGGGAGGAGUUAAUGAGUAUGGAAAAACAGAGGAAAUGGCCAUCACACUGGCACAGUCGCUGGGACAGAACAUCGGCAUCUUCUCUGACAAGAAAAGAAUAUUAAAUGGGGAAUGCAAGUGCGAUGAUAAAUGGUCCGGCUGUAUAAUGGAUGACGUUGGCUUUUAUCUUCCUAAGAGAUUCUCUGACUGUAACAUAGAGGAGUACCACAACUUCCUGUACAGCGGUGGUGGAUCGUGUCUCUUCAACAAACCCUCCAAGCUUUUGGACCCUCCUGAGUGUGGGAACGGUUUUGUAGAGCCGGGAGAGGAGUGCGACUGUGGGACUCCAGCGGAGUGUGCUAGAGAAGGAGAGAACUGCUGUAAGAAGUGUACCCUGUCUCAGGGCUCUAAAUGCAGCAAUGGGCUCUGUUGCAAUAACUGUCAGAUGGAGUUUAUGGGUGUGAUCUGCAGAGAGGCUGUCAAUGACUGUGAUAUACCAGAAAACUGCACUGGGAACUCCAGCCAGUGUCCUCCAAACGUACACAAAAUGGACGGCUACACUUGUGAAAAAGAUCAGGGACGCUGCUUUAAUGGCCGAUGCAAAACUAAAGACAGGCAAUGCAAGUACAUCUGGGGAGAAAAGGCGACGUCUGCAGAUAAGUUCUGUUACGAGAAGCUGAACAUCGAGGGAACUGAGAAAGGGAACUGCGGGAGGGACAAGGACACCUGGGUCCAGUGUAAAAAGCAGGAUGUGCAGUGUGGAUACCUGCUGUGCUCAAACAUUUCACCUGCUCCCAGACUGGGAGAGCUGCAGGGUGGCCUGACCUCAUUUUCUGUGGCCCAACAUAGCGCUUCACUAGACUGCAGUGGAGGACACGUAAUGAUUGACGGAGACACUGAUCUGGGGUAUGUGGAAGACGGGACAGCGUGUGGCACCGACCGUGUCUGCUUCAACCACAAAUGCCUUCCGGUUCAGGAUUUCAACUUCAGCAUCUGCCCCGGGACCACUGACAAGGUCAUCUGCUCUGGACAUGGGGUGUGCAGCAAUGAACUGAAGUGUGUGUGUCACCUGGGAUGGGCAAGUGAAGACUGUAACUCCUCAUCACCACUCAGCUACCUCGUGGUGAGACCUACAGCUACAUCAUCAGGCAUCAUCAGUACCAACAUCAUCAUCGGUGCAAUUGCAGGAUCUAUCCUCGUUCUGGCUCUUAUACUAGCCAUCUCUGCAUGGGGCUACAAGAACUACAGGCAGCGGCAAUUCGAAGAAUCUGAAGUGCAUCGAAGAUUCUGUCGACAAAUGCCAGCGGGCGAUUACGUUAAGAAACCUGGAGACGCUGACUCCUUCUACAGCGACGUGCCGCAGGGCGUGAGCUCCAACUCAGGCAGCAGCUCCAAGAAGAGGUCCAACGGUUUGUCCCAUUCCUGGAGCGAGAGAAUCCCAGAUGCCAAACACAUUUCUGAUAUCUGUGAAAAUGGACGGCCCAGGAGCAACUCGUGGCAAGGAAAUAUUAGUGGCAGCCGGAAGAAGCCGAAAGGAAAGAAGUUCCGUCCUCGAUCCAAUUCCACAGAGACGCUGUCUCCUGCCAAGUCCCCAACCUCAUCCACGGGCUCGAUCGCCUCGAGCCGAAGGUACCCUUACCCGAUGCCACCGCUACCGGAUGAGGAGAGGAAGGCCAACAGACAGAGUGCCAGGCUGUGGGAAACAUCAAUAUAAAGGGGCUCCUUGAGAUCACUCUGCAAAAUCUCCGUAAGGGACUACACAUUCCUCCGCUUUUAUACAAUGAGAAUAAAACAAAUUAAAAACAACAACACAAAAAAAAACUAAUGAGUUCAAACAGAAGAAUUGAAGUCCUCCAGGAUUAGCGGGUCCACCGGAGCACGUUGGGAUGAAGAGCACGGCCGUCAUCCUCUCAUCAUUGCAGCCUACCAAAAUGAAACAGAGGGACUGGCUUGGGUCAAAGGUCGAAGCCAGGCACUGCUGCAAUCAGGUUAUCGAAAACGAGGCAGGGGAUAUCAGACUGGUAAUCCCGCCCCUUUUAUCUUGCCCCGCCUCCCCUUUCUUGGGCCAAAAAAAGGCCAUUCAACUCCCCUCUCUCCCUCUGCGCCCUUCCUCAUCCAGCACCAAUAAUGUCUUGUGAUUGGUGUCCUUGUUGCCAUGUUGAGAGAAGGUCAUCCAAAACCUGCUGGAUGUUAACGUUUUUUCGAAAGCACGUAGAAACUUUCCACUGUAUGCAUGAGAAUACAUGUCUAUCAAAACCUUGUAGUGCUAAAGAUGAUGACGAAAAUCUAAUAUUUUAACAGCAGGCUAGGGGACAGCAUGUCUCAGAGGGCAUUUCUGUAGGCUGGUAAGAUUUCAUUUUUUUUAGGCUUCUCUAAUCACACAGUGUAUCAACGCUAAAGCAUAGCGAACACCUCCAGCCUUGCCAUGUGCGCUCACUUAUUUCCCCACGUGUGUAAAUAUGUAUAGCUCGACGACAGUGAAAUGCGUGAUUGUUUUUUUUUAUGCUUUGCUUUUUCUUAUUGCUUUCUUUUUUGGUCACUUGGUAGAACUUAGAAGAAGCAUUCACCAUUUCUUGUUUGUACGUUCACUUUGAAUCGGCUUUACAUCAGCCUUUAUUGUUAGUCAUAGUUUCGAUUCAUCUGUGUGUAUUUCCUGUAUUCUUGAACUUUGUUUAUUUUGACAUAUCUGAUGCUGUCUGUAUCAAUAAGGAAGACUCACAGAGCUUGAGUGGACACCGUUGACCUUUGAAGCUAAACAAUAGCGGUAUUUGUUCGUUUAUUUUCAUGACAGUAUGCGAUGUUACGAUGUUACGAUGUUACGCCGUUGUCUGAAAUACAGUCACGAUCAUUUCGGACAUUUUAUAAGCCUUGAGUGACGUGUCAAAGGAUGUGAUGCUAAAAGUCAACCAAGCGCAUAGGCUUGUUUUUUGGUUCUCUUUAAAUCCUUGAGAAAUAUUUGAAACAAUUUUAAAGCAGCAGGAUAUAAAAUACAGAUCAUCUACCACCUCUUUCGGAAAAAAUAUCAUUAUUUAUUUAUUUAUUAUUGGUGCAUCCAAAUCAGCUCUUUAGUUUCCUAGUCAGAGAUCAAGCAAUCGGCCAUUUUGCGUGCGAUUCAAUCCCAAAAUCCAUCCAGUGAAAAGAAACUUUGCAUCCUUUGCAUCCCUCUAUGCACCGCAACUCGCUUUUUUUGUUGCCCACUAUACUCCCUUUUCUGAAAAAAUGUGUUAUUAAGUAACAAAUAAAUGACAUUCAAAUUGUGUAUUUAAUGUUGUUUUGUUUUGUUUUUUACAGUGACUGAUGAGGAAAUUAGAAGGUUCACCAGUGUAUAAAUGUUUUUUUCUCAACAACUCCAUCAGUCAUGUAACUGGAAACUGAGUCUCGUUACCAGGGUCCUUAGUGGUGCGUGAACUCAUGUACACUAUGUACUCGUUCACAAACUAGGGAGCUCGAGAUCUGAUUGAAUGCACCCUUAGUCAUAGUGCGAAUUAUGGGAUGUUUAGGCGAGCCCAUGCUAUUUUAUUUCCAUUAGAUUGCACAAAGCCACCUACGACUAUAAAAGUCAAUCUGUAACUAUAGCCUUGGAAAAAUGAUGACUGGAUUAACAUUAAGACAUCAGAGUGGAGCAAACAGACCUCAAGCAGCAGCAUGGCAAAUUUUCAAGGAUCAAUUCAUGCCCAAGCUGAUGGACUGCAGAUGGACGCUGAAGAUGAGAAGCGCCAAUCAUUUUCUUAUAGUCAAGGAAGUGGUCAUUUUAGUGUCAGCACUUGAGCUGUGACUGAUGUGAAAUGUAUGCAUAGCUUGUAAGCUCGUGAAGGUGGACGUCGUCUUUAUACAACCAUUACAGACGCAAUUUCUGUAAAGUAUAAUGCAGGCUUAAGGCUUCCUGAGGAAGAAGGCCAAACCAGUGUGUUCAGUAUUGUCCUUGUAAUAUCAUUAGAAACCUCACUGUACACAUAUCAUCUGUACAUAAGCUUCAUUAAAUCCUGCUGUCUGUAUUCACGGGACAUUCAGAUCUGCCCCCAUCCGAUACGAAAAUGUAUCUAACCCUUGUUUUCACCAACCAGUACCCCUUGUAUAUAUGCAUUGGACCCAGACAGCGAUUAAGUGCAUUACUAUUUCAGUAGGUCUUUGUGUAUACGGAUGCAGAUCAGCACAGAUUUUUAACGCUUUUUUAUUUAUGUGACCCUUUUUAAUGCCAUAAUGACACGUUCGAUUUCGGCGGUGUAUUUCUCCCUCCCGAUAUAUUCUACACGAUCUCUGUGGGGUUUUCUUCUGCAUUUAAAACAAAAGUGCAUGGCUGAAUGCGGUGUUGAUAAAGGCUGAAUCCAAAGGCAACUAAAAAAGGAAGAAAAAAAACAUCUCAAGCAAUACUUUGAGCACCUCACUGUCCUCGUUUAGCACAGCUGCCGCUGCGAAAUACAAAACCCGAUGCCGAAUCGUACCCGAUUCUCAGAGCAAACACACUCUUGAAUGUAAUUUAAGAUGACGAUUACAGCACAACUGCCAUCCACGUCAAUGACACGUCAUCCUCCAGGGAUUAUGUAGGUCCACUAACUUUUCACCCACACCACGUCAGAGUGAGGACGCGGCAUCGGCUUGUUUUUUUUUGCAGAACGAAUCACAUCAUUAGCGAGAGGUUUGCACCUGCUUCAGGAGACGUCAUUGAUAUGCCUUAUGUUUGUCCGUUUCAUGAAAUCUCUUUCGUUUUUGUGUUUUCGAGACGCUCGUUCUCUAUGAGGCUGUUUUUUUUUAUAGUAUGCUGUAUGUAACUUACAAACGAUCAGCACCCAAUUUUUUUUUUUACAGUUAUCAUUCAGUAUUGUAAUAUAUUUAAUACAAAAUAAACCUUUCAUUGACACGA